GCUGAUGAUGAUGUGUUUCAGGUUGUCACCAAGGGAGAGAAGCCAGUGUAUGAGAUGACUGGAGAGAUGACCAGACAUGUGGCUCCCCAAGAUGUUGCCAAGCUGAUCCUACACAAGAUGAAAGAGACGGCUCAAUCGGCCUUGGGCGCUGAUGUCACAGAGGCUGUCAUCACUGUCCCCUUUGAGUUCGCACAUGCUCAGAAGGCGGCGUUGAGGGCGGCUGCGGAGGCGGCAGGGUUCCGCGUGUUGAGGCUGAUCCACGAGCCAGCUGCUGCUCUACUGGCCUACGGAAUCGGACAGGACUGCCCCUCUGGGAAGAGCCAUGUCCUGGUGUAUAAACUAGGUGGGACGUCUCUGAGUGUGACCGUGCUGCAGGUGAACGGUGGAAUGUUCCGGGUUCUGAACACCCACACAGACCACAGCAUCGGAGGAGAGAGCUUCACAAGCGCCCUGGCACAGCACCUGGCUGCAGAGUUCAAACGGUCGUUUAAACAGGAUGUUAGUAGUAACCCACGGGCCAUGUUGAAGCUGAUGAACGGAGCAGACAUGGCCAAACAUUCUCUCUCCACGCUGGGUUCUGCUAAUUGCUUCGUUGACUCGCUACACGACGGCAUGGACUUCGACUGCAACGUCUCCAGGGCCCGUUUUGAGCUGCUGUGUUCUUCCCUGUUCAACAAGAGUGUCCAACCAAUCAGAAGCCUGCUGGAGACGACUGGGCUCUCUACUAGUGACAUCAACAAGGUGGUUCUCUGCGGGGGUUCUGCGAGGAUUCCUCGGCUGCAGCAGAUGAUCAAAGAUCUGUUCGCUGACGUGGAGCUGCUAAGCUCCGCCCCUCCUGAUGAGGUCAUAGCGGUCGGCGCAGCGAUGGAAGCGGGCCUUCUAGUCGGGCGGGAGAUUGGCUCCUCCCCAGAGUCUGUUACCGUGGAAGCCUGUGUCUCAGACAUUCUGCUCAAGGAGGUGGAUGAAACAGGGGCGGAGGUGUUCUCUGUGCUCCUCCCCUCGGGCACGCCCCUUCCUGCUCGGCGACAUCACAUCCUGUCUGGUCCUGGCCGCCUGGAAUCCCUCUGUCUGGAGCUUUACCAGAAAACCACAGAGCAGCCAGAGAGACUGGCCAAGAUUGUUCUGAGAGACCUGGAGACCAAAGAGGACAACCAUGACAUUGAUGCCGUGGUGACCAUGAAGAGGGACGGGUCUCUCCAUGUGAGCUGUGUGGAGCAGAACAGUGGGAAGACUGAAGCCAUCAGUAUAUCAGCAGCCUCCUGAUUUCACCACGAGCUCCAAGUUAAUGUCACUACACUUGUUGUUGAAGUUCCUUUUAAGGUUUAAAUAAAGACAUUUUGGUUUAAA